AUGGACUGGUUAUGUGAAGCAACACCUGAGGAGAUAGUACGUGUAGUUAGAAGGACAAAUACAAUGAAAGAACUAAAGGCAGCUGUAAGGAAGUACGUGAUAAGGAGGAUAAAGGGGAGAAACAUAUAUGACCCAAUAUGUAGUGAGUGUGGAAGUAAGUCUAUUGUGAUGAUAGAUGGGUCAGAUACAUGUACAAUGUGUGGUACCUGUGAUAUGAACAACUUCUCGUGCUAUGUUAGCUACAACUACAACAAGGACGACUAUCUUAAAAAGAAGUCUUGCCAUAAGAGGGUUCGCUGGUUCGAGAGACAUUUGUUUCAACAUGUUGCAGCCAGGGACAGGGACAAGAUACGGGAGCAGUUUAGAAGCAUCGUAAGACGUAUACAAAGACUUAGACUGCAAAGGGGGCGCAACAUUGUUAGAUACAAGUUUUACCUACUCAGGUUAGCUAGUAUGAACGGCAUUUAGCUGAGAGACCCACCAGAGGACAUUAGGACUCAAAAAAUAGUGGACGCGCUUGUGGACAGGUUGUAUGGAAAAGUAUUCGUUGACCUUGGAUGGAAGCCUGAAAAAUGUACAUAUUAUAAUAACUGGAAAAUUAGGAAAUUAAAGAAAUAAAAAUAUAAUAAAUUAAUAAUGUAUACCGAAAAUGUUUUAAUAAAAACUGUAGUAAUUACUCAGAGUCAAAUGAAUAAUAAUAUAAUUAAAAAUAUACUAAAUAAUCUACGGGAAAAUGUUGAGGGAAAAUUCUACGGUAAUUAUGGAGUGGUUAUUAAGGUGAACUGAAUUAGGAAACUCUUUGGAGGGGAGAUACAUGCAGAGGACGUCAGAGCAGCGGCGUACUACACUGUCCACUUCAUGUGCACUCUAUGUAGACCUGAGGAGGGAGACACUGUGAGGGGAAAGGUUAUGCGUAUUAGUGAUAAGAUCGUUGUGAUGAAAAACGGUCCGGUGACCAUCUUCGCUACAACUGAUAAGCGUGUGACAGUCGGUGAAAACUAUAGAGUCAAAGUUCUGUCUGUAACCCUAAUAAGUGGUGAGUCAGAAAUUACGACCAUCGGAAAAAUAAUAAAUUAAAUAAAUUUAAUUAAAUUAAAUAAUAAACAAUAAGUUAAAUAAAUAUAAUUAAAUUAAAUAGUAAAUAAAUAAUAAAAAAAUGGGGGUAAAUUAAUUAGUAAUAAAUUUUAAAUUAAUUAUUAAUUAAAUACCCUCCUUUUUUUACAUAUAUAGUAUAUAGUAUAGAGGAAAAGUCAGAAAAUGAGUCCAGUGAAAAACACCAAUAUGUCAAACAUCAGCAUGGAAGAGUUAAUAGCAAUUGGAGAGUACUUCUCAGGGAACAUUCCCAGUGACGACGAGCAGUUUGAAAUGGAUGUUGAGAAGUUCUAGGGGAAUCCUUACUUUGAACGUGAGAAGCCGGAGGAAGAGCCCAUUGUAAUAAGACCUAAACCUAGAAGAAUCCCUAAAAACUAUACAGGAAAAAGAGGAACGGCACCACAAUGGAAGUACUCCAAGAGACAACAGGAAAAGGCAGCUUUGAUUGAAGAAGCAUUUGAACGACUGAAGGGAACACCAGGAUUACCCGAAACAACGGGAGGUCUGUGGUAUUCUGACAAUGACCUCAUCAACAAGAAAGUCGAGAAGAUAAAAGCAGAGAGGAAACCAAAGGUGCUUAAGAAGAGAGGUUGA